AUGUCCACGCGAAAUUCUCCCAACCGGUUAUUGCCUAGAUGGGCAUCAAGUUUAGCUCUCUACCCUUCUAUUGUUCUCGCGGAGGGACGUCGGUCGUGUAACAUAACCUGCGGUGCGUUCGUUAAUUUUUUAACAAACCAGGAAGCCCAUCUCAUGGAACAUACCCAACAGCAAUGUCACGUAUAUGCUGAUGUCGGACUGAAGGCCCGACUCAGCAAAGAGAACACGCGGUCUGCGGAACUACAAUCUCAAACUCAGAUUCCUGCCUUGUCCUCGAUGUAUCGAUCCGGGUUUGCCGCAUCCUUGUUGAUACACCUCUCUUCUGGCCGAGGUCUUCCGGAUUUCCUCAGCCCCAGCUUCCCUUCUAGCCGGCAUUUUGAACGAGCCCCGAAAGACAGGCUGGAACGCUGCGGAAUAAACGGCUCAGUGGAUCGCUUCACGGUUGAACAUGAUACGGAGAAAUCUACCAACGCUCUGGACCAGGGCCCUACGGCAAGAUCUAAGGAGAUUGGAAAACGACGGACGACAUGCACACGAGAAAUUAUCCCGAUUCCAUCUCUGAUGUCUGAGAGAGUUCCAGAAUCUUCGAGUUCAUUGUGGUGCAAGGCUAUCUCCGGCCAGUGCAAGGACGGUCGCGAACUUGAAUCACCCAAUGCCUUUCUUCCCUCUCCCGAGAUUGGAGAGUCACUGUCUGUCUUCCCAUUGUUUCGAGUCAAUGAGAGGAUGCGCAAAAAGCUGCACUGGAAGCUUGGGUACGUGCAGCCUCCUUUGCUCGGCAUGUAUAACGCCCAGUUCGAUGAAGUUAUUUCAUGGAAGCAAGCGUCCAUAAUCUCUCAUAUAGCAAGCCUUUUCUCUCUGCUACACAAUGUUGACAUGUAA